UCUGGGUUUUGCAAUGGCUGCUGUGGCUGCUGGUGUUAUUGGGGGUAAUGGGUCUUCUUGGAAUCUGUUUAAGGACAAGCCGAGGAAGAAGAAGACGGUGAAUAGGGUUAUGGUGUCUUGUGUUUAUUCUUCUGUCAUGGAUCCUUACCGGACUUUGAAGAUCCAACCUGGUGCCUCUGAAUCUGAGGUCAGGAAGGCUUUCAGACAACUUGCCUUGAAGUAUCAUCCAGACGUAUGCAGAGGAAACAAUUGUGGAGUUCAGUUUCACCAGAUAAAUGAAGCUUAUGAUAUUGUUAUGAGCGAUUUGAGAGGAGAAUCUACUCCAUCUCCGAUGUAUGAGACGUACGAUGAAGAAGUUGAUGAGCCGAUGAGAGGAAUGAACGAUCCGGAUUGGGACAUGUGGGAGGAAUGGAUGGGAUGGGAAGGAGCUGGAAUCAGGGACUACACAUCUCACAUUAAUCCUUAUAUUUGAAGAAGAAAUGUAAUUAAUCAAUAGAUGGGUUUAAUCCAAAUCCCUUUGCAACCUAAAUGGUUGUUCUUUGUAUAUAAUGGAACUGAGGAUCAAAUUGUCCUUUUUGUACAUAGCUCAAGCAGGCAAUGCCCUCACCAUUUACAAAUGAAGAGUUCUCAAGAUUUCUCUUUUCACUA